AGUCAUUCGCCUGCCUAUACAUCAGACGAAGAAAUUACGCAGAUGCACGCCGCGAAUGCAUAGCGAGUGAAAAUAGAUUGGCGAAAUAAAUAACACACAUCAAAUCUAUCUUCUAAACACAUAUUUAACGCAGAACCAGUUUGCUGUGACUGAUAAAAUUGCAUGUUGCGGAUAUGUUACAUGUGAAGUGAAGAAUACAAACAAAAACUGAGCGAAGAAAACUAUUAAAAGAGAGAGAAAGAGUGAGACAAAGGCAUGCGAUAAAAUUAGAGGGCUCGAACUAAGCAACAAGAAGAGAGAAAAAUACGAAACGCAUUUUGUUCAUUCCAAGAAUGAUGGACCAUAUUUGGAAUAUUUUUAAAAAGACGAAUCGAAUCAAUAAGUAAACUGUAUAUGCGUUUUUGAGAUUUUUUAUUGUUGCUGAAUGUUAGUGUACGACAAUUAUCAGAAGUGACGCAAUUACCAAGAACAAAAAAAAAAAUUAAAGUGUAAGAGAAAAAAAAAUUAUUGUUGCUUGAAAGUCAAAUUAACACACUUUGUCAGCGCGUUCAUAUUGCGAUAAAUUUUUGACGAGUGCAUGUGAUGAUAGCAAAGUAACACAGUGAACUCAAUAUGAUCGAUUUUAUUCUUCUUAUUCUUCUGUUUGUCUGAUUUUUUUUUGAUACAGAAUACAUGACACACGAUACAUUCAACAUGGAAUUCUCCGAAAAUUUAGAGUCAUUUAGUCACUUUAACAAUGACCCAUUCGGUAAUUUACUCGACGAAGAAAUUCCGCAAAAUAUUUUCGAUGAACUAAUGAACGAUGUGAAUUGUAAUGCGCUUGGAUUUGACAUGAAUUCGAUAUCGUCGGAAGACAGUGGACGAUCGAGUUCAUCAUAUGACGAUUUAGGUUCCAGAUUAGAUACAUUUAGUGAUCAAGCGAUAUUGGAAGUGCCUCAAAUUAAAACCGAAAUCAUACAGCAAGAGCAUGUCAAAGAUGAACCAAAAUCACCGAACAAUAAUUUUAUGUGCGGUAUAAAUGGUAUUGGUAAUGAUAAUGCCGCUAUGAAUGUAACCGUCGAACCGACCACCAUCGAAGUGUCACGACCGAUUUUUCCACGGCAACAACAGCAACAAACGUUUACACAAAUUCAACAGCCACAAUUUGUACUUUCACAACCGAAAAUUGUGGUGAAACAAGAGCCCAUUAAGUUUCACACGCAAUCGAAUGCGACACAACAAAUAUUCACAUUGCAAACGGUGAAUGGACAACAAUUUGUGGUUACAAAUUCAAAUCAAACACCUGUACAUACGAUUGUCAAUGGAACCACCGGAAUUUUAACAAAAAUUCCAGUUGUACCAGUCACCGGCAUCAUACAACAUCAACCAAUUCCAACACCAAAAACAACGACAAAUAUGACAACGGUAGCGAUACAAUCAUCAACCAAGUUGACAGCUAAGCCCAGCAUAACACAGACCAACAUAAAACCGAGCAAAAAAUCUGGACACAAUAUCAUUGAACGACGAUAUCGAACAUCAAUCAAUGACAAAAUCACAGAACUUAAAAAUCUAGUAACCGCUGGCACCAAUGCAGCCAAUGCCAAAAUGAAUAAGUCCGGUAUAUUGAAGAAAUCAAUCGAUAAGCUUCGUUCGUUGGAAAUUGAAAAUGUUGAAUUAAAAAUGGAAAAUCAGCGAUUACGUCAAAUGCUUGGCAUGAAGGCAAUUUCCGAAUCGGCUGAUUCACCAUUAUCACCGCCAAUAUCAAAUUCCAGUUCGCCCAUGCCAUCGUUGGACACAACACAAAUGAACAUUUCCGAACCAAUAGCUGUUACACCAAAAACAAACAACGAGACUGAUCACAAGGUGGUCUUUAUUCAACGUGGCCUCAGUCCUCAUUCCAAAUUUGCAUUAUGUAUUUUUAUGUUUGCCGUCGUUAGUUUAAAUAGUUUCGGUUCACUCAUUCUUAACGAUCAACGUCCGAACAUUGAUUACGCCGAUGGCAAAUAUAAUAUGGAAACGGCACGUCGAGCUAUUUUAUCAACGAUAAUUGAUGAUCCAUACACAAUGUUUUUCAAUUGGAAAAAUUUGGCAGUUUCUGCAGUAAAUUUUCUCAUUGUGGUGGCAUGUUUAAUAAAAUUAUUAGUCUAUGGAGAGCCAAUUGUUGAUCGUACCCAUUGCAAAUUGAAUAAUAUGGAAAAAUUGGUGCAAGCAACCGAAGAAAAUUUCAAAAGUGGCGAAUUAGCUGCCGCUACACUUGGAUACAUGCGACAAUUACAACAGUAUGGAUUAUAUUUGCCAUCAUCGAUCAGCAUAACAUGGUUUGAAUGUAUGUCAUACACAACUUGGCAGGCAAUUCGAAUGUUUAUAUUUCGAUUGCCGUUCGGUCUAUGGUUGUCACACAAAGUGGGCGGUUUAUUCUGUUCAAAAGAUGCUCGUGCCCAAGCAAUGAAUACAUACAAGGAAAUUGGCUGGAUUUUGCAUCGUUUAAAUCAAAUCGAUUUGAUGGAAUUGCAAAAGAAUUCGACGACAGCCGAACGGAUAUGCAAACGUCGUCAAAUUUAUGGCAUUAUGGUAACACUGUAUGCGGUAAAUAUGUGCGAAACAGCAGAACCACUAAUGUAUACCAAAGAAAUGGUUGAAGUAUAUUUAACCGUGGCAUUGCGUCUAAAAUCAAUGAAAAAUUUACGCCUCUUGUCAUCGUACUACUUGCGAAAGGCGAAAUUUUUCCAUUUGUUGGGCACAACACAAAAUCGUCAAUUCGAUUGGGUGUUCAGCGAGCAUGGCUAUAAAUUUGUAUCAAAAUUAAAGACAACCAUUGAAAAUAUCGAUUAUGAACAACGUGAAAAUCACAUUGAUGUCCUUGACACAAACCAUAUGAAUUAUGAGCCAAUUUCACAGAUUCAACAGCGCUACUGUAAAUACUUGAUCAUCAAAUCGUUGGAAAAUUUGUUGGGCUUUAGACGAAAUACCAGCACAAUUUCGAUGCCAAAACAUACCGACGACCAAAAUCAACCAAUUGAACAGACACACAUGAUGAAUGUAUUGUUGCUAACAAAACAUCUUGAAGAGACAAUUGGCAACGAUGUUGACAAUCAAUUUGCAUCAAUUUCAUGGAUUGCACGUAUUAUAACCGUUGCGGCCAAUUGGAAUAUCAAUAAUUUGGAAAAAUGUGAUCAAAUCUACGGCGCAAUCGAUGAAUUUCCACAAAAAAUGCGUGGAACAAAGAGCAAGGAAAAGGCAUUGUUAAAGUCAUUGUAUGUGGUUUUCUUGGCAAAACGCGAAUAUGUGCAUCGAACCAGAGUUGCAACAAUGACUGCCGAAAAAAUGCGCAUCAUUUUAAAUCGCUGUAACAUUGCCAGCUGCUUACUACAAAAUUAUCUAACAUAUAAUCGAUCACAAAACAUUCAACCCAGUACAUUGAUUCGACUCAUUCAAAUAUUGACGUGCGAUUUGUUGCUCGACAUUCGUACCGAAUGCUGGGAAUUGAUGCAAAACACAACGGCAACCGCAUCAAAUGAAUACGAUGAUGAAGGGAUUAGUGAGCCAUCACCGUCACGAUUUUCACAAUUGGAAUUGUAUCAACUCGAUUUGACAAAUUUGUACUUGAUAUUUGGUAUAAAACAAAUGGGACAGUCACGCAUUAAUUUGUAUGAAGCCGUUUAUCGAUUGAUGGCAAAUGCUUUGCCAUUGGAAACACACCGUUUGCUCGAUCGUAAUAUAAUGACAAUGCGCCAGACAAAACAAAAUUUAAUUUGUGUCGUUGGCAACAAAAAUAAUUCAGACGAUUUAUAUGUGUGCGGCGAACGAGAACGGGCACGUUCAAUGAUGUUGGUUUGCAAAUAUUUGCAAGCACAAGUUGGCAUCGAACGGGCCGGUCUACUAACGCAGGCCGCAACCAUAUUCAAACAAAUUGGCGACACAGUUAAAACCAAUGAAUGUCAUCUUUUACUAAACAUUAUUAAUGGUGAAUAGGCUUAAUUACUAUACACGUGUGACGGAAUGAAUGAUGCUCUCAAAGCGUAGAGAUUUUGCAAUUUAUGGCAAACGUAUUUCUUAUAUAUAUUUUUUUAAAAAUGCUUUUUUUAUAAUUAAACGAAUCAAGAUAUGAGAUAUAUUGAUAAACGAAAAACAAAAAAACACAGUUUAAAAAAUAUUACAUUUUAGGUGGCACAAUUGUUUGGCCAUUAUUAUUAUUAUUUUUUCAUCAAGCGAACAAUUCAUUUAUAAGUUUGAUAUCAUGUUGCUUAUUCUAGUUGUAAAAUUGUUUAUCUUUUUUUCAUAAAACUUAAGUUAUUUAUGUUCGCCUUUCGGCUCUGCCUAAAAUGAUAAGAAAGCAAGAUUUACGCAUCGUAUCAUCGAUUGGUGAUCAUCGUAUCCAAUCAUGCCCACAAUAGGGACUCAUUAUCAUUAUCAUCACUUUAAUACAAAGAAAUUAUUAAAAAGUAAUUUAUUUUGAUUGUUUGUUCAUUAUAGUACACCUUUUUUUUGUUCAAAACGGUAAA